UAAGCGCAACGUGCGGGGGCGCCGUCAUUCUUGCGGUUUCAAUUCCUGAAAAGUAUUCAGCACUAAGUUUCUGUUUCGAUUCCGGCAGGGAUGCAUUGAGUUGAGCUUGGCUAUUAGGUAGGGUGAGCUGGGAUAUUGCAUAUGAGGUUGGUUCGCUGUCAUGGUGGACACAUCUAGAAAGACAUAAUGUUUUCAUGGGGAGAAAUUAAUUUAGCGAAAACAAAUGUAUUGUCGGAAAUCAGAGAAUCAGAGAAUGGCAUUCAGUUCGUACCAACGUGCAAACCAAUAAUAACAAGUUUCUCUGCCACUAAAUCAACGGUAACGUUUACCAAAAGUGAUGGAAUUUCAUAUUUUCUUCGGCGGCAAAGGAACCAAGAUGGAAAUUUGAGAUUCGGUAAAACCAAGAGCAUCAAGUGCAAACACGCCGUAGCUUCAAGUUCUGGAGAUUCUAGUCUUCUCCUGCUGUCCCGGGAUGGCUCUGUCUUCCGUGUGGAACUCAGUGAAUCCGCCGAUCCAAGAUCGCUCCAAAACUUCUUUAAAAAAAGGAUCAUUCAGGUCGCAUGUGGAGACCAACAUUCUAUCGUUUUAAUUGAAGAUGGACAAGCAUUGUCUUGGGGAAGCAACACUCGGGGGCAACUGGGUCUCACCCUCCCAGAGACCUCUGUCGUCCCGUCCCCUACACCAGUGGCAGCCCUGUCAGGGGUACCCCUAGUCCAGGUCACCGCUGGGGGAGCCCACACUCUGGCCUUGUCUGUCUCUGGAACCGUGUUCGGCUGGGGGCAGAAUGACGCCGGGCAACUGGGUCUUGGAGACACGACAGACAGAUAUACUCCAGUGACAGUUGAUUCUCUCAACCUUAAGAAGACCGUUUCCAUUUCUUGUGGUGAAAGACACACUGCUGUUCUGACAAAGGGAGGCGUGGUGUUGACCUUCGGCAGCGGUGGCUGUGGGCAGCUGGGACACAACUCUCUGCUGAAUGAGCGGACCCCUCGUGUGGUGGCUGAACUCUGGGGCGCAGCGGUCACCCAGGUCUCCUGUGGCAGCAACCACACCAUGGCAUUAGUAGGCCCAACAAAGAAGAUCUAUUCAUUUGGUCGUGGAGAAGAAGGCCAGCUUGGAAACAGGCUCACCACAGACUGUUCGGUGCCUCUGCCUGUUCUGCUGCCUCAUGAUGACCGGAGUAUUCAGCGAAUAUUUGCUGGAGGAAACCAAUCUUUUGCCCUCUGUUCCCUCAGUCAGGAGCCUGAGAAGGUUCUUCCUGGGAUUAUUACAGUUCUUGAUAUGGACACCAUUGACUUCUGGCUCUCAAAGUGUAAGCAAUCGAAAUCAUGGCAGAAAAUCAAAGGACAGAUCAAGGAUAUAUUCUCAUCUGCAUCUUCCUUGAACGCCAGCUUUCUUGACAGAAGCGCUGACAAGCACUACCAGACCUCACCCAGCUGCUCUGGCUUGGACUUGGUUCUUGUCAACAAAGCUCUGGCCAAGCUAGCAACAAACACUGAAGUGCUACUGGAGGUGGAGACCGUCGUCCGAGACUGUCUCCUGCCCUCGUUGAGUCGGCAGCCGGUCGGGUUGGAAGGCCUGAGGGUUUACUACCUGCUGGUGGAGCUGCUGCAAGUGCUGGUCAGAGACAACUUUGGUGAAAUGCUCUCCGUGAGGGUGGCUGAUGCCUUCCUCUCUCUGCACCAAGACAGACUGGAAGUCCUCGUUGGACUAUGGUCCUGGACACCUAGCUUCUUCCGUACCGCAGUGGAGACCUUCUGCAACUUGUCCAGGAAGCACCUCUCAUCCUUAGAUGUGGAGAACCACUCGAGAACCGUCUUCUUUAUGAAGACGGCGGGCGUUAUGCAAAGGCUUCAUUAUGCCAGCAGUAGCGGUUCACGGUGCCUCGAAGAUAGUGUUUUCCAUGUGAUGACAGUCCUAGAUACGUUUGCAGAAAUGUUCAUCUUAAAUGUAGGGUUAAUAAUUCAAAGAUCCCAUGCUGAUCUGGGGUCGGAGGAAGCACUGCGAGGGUUACUUAAACCCAUACAACAUGUUCAGAGUAGCCUAUUCCGCCUGGUGAAGAUCCCUUGCAUUCUACCCAUAGAAUGCAAGGUGAAUCUGUGGAUCAUUCAUCUGAAUAGCAUCAAGUAUUUUGAGGCAGGAGUCUUUCAAUUCAAUGUCAACCGGGGCACAGUGCAGCAGGACACUUUUCAAUUUCUGCGGACGUCAUCCCAUGACCCAAAAUCAAAGCUUCAGGUGAAGUUUAAUGGGGAAGAUGGUGUUGAUGAUGGAGGUGUGUCAAUGGAGUUCUUUCGCCUCCUUGCUAAAGAACUUCAGAAGGCAGAACCACAAAUGCUAGAAGUGAACGAGCACGGAGUGGCCUGGUUCAGCAAGAAUGUCGCCCAGCUGACUGAUGAGUUCUUCCGACUGGGCACGCUCUGUGGCAUGGCUCUGUAUAACCAGUGCCUGAUGAACAUCCCCUUCCCCUUGGCUCUCUUCAAGAAGCUCCUGGGCUUGAAGCCAACCCUGGACGACCUCAUGGAGCUGUCGCCAACUGUUGCACAAAGCUUAAAGGAACUGUUGGACUAUGAAGAGGAGGCUGUUGAGGACCUACAGUUAGAUUUCGGAGGGGAUGCAGAAGGUUUGGAUCUUCUACCCAAUGGACAGUCCAUUCUAGUGAGCAAAGUCAACAGGCAGAAAUAUGUGGACCUCCAAGUGGACAUGGUGUUCAGCCGCUCGGUGAAGCAUCAGUUCAGGAAGUUUGAAAAAGGCUUCUCUAAAGGCUGCCCUUCACCUGCAUGGAGAAUGUUCCUCCCUGAUCAACUCAUGACGCUCCUCAAAGGAGAGGAGGUCUUCAACUGGGAUGAUCUGAGACAGAAUGCAAAAUAUCAAGGCUGCACAUCCAAUGAUGAAGUCAUCCAAAACUUUUGGAUUGUCUUGGGAGAGUUCUCCGUGGAGCAGAAGAAGGACUUCCUCAAAUUCCUAUCUGGAACGGACAGAAUUCCCAAAGUUCGCAGUUCAACAAUCAAGAUAAUCAUCAAGUUGUCGUGUUACCCAGAGCCUGAGCUGUACUAUCCAAUGGCCGCGACAUGCUACUGGACUUUGAUUCUCCCCAACUACAGGAACAUCCAAACACUUCGUCAGAAACUCCUUCAUGCGGUCAAGUAUUGUGAUACUUUUGGAUUGCAAUGAAAUAGUUUAACCUAAUCGAGACUGCUACGUAUGGUGGCAUAUCAAUGGACAAAUUUGCUGAUUAUAAUUCGAAUCAUAUAAAUUUCACUUGUGGUUGGUGGACCACACAAUUCUGAAAUUGUGUCAAAGUAGAAAGCUGGCUUGUGUUAAUUGCACUAGAGACAGUGUUUCCCCUAGGAUUGAGCUACAGCAGCGGAGUUUAAAUGGAUUUUUUCGCUGGCAAAUCUUUUUGUGUGCUCGAAAAGCGCUCCCUGCCGGGAGGUUUCUACGUGUCUUCCGGCACCAAAAGGGUGUACAUACAGUACAUUUGUGCAAAUUAAUGAGCAGGGAAAAAUAUGGAGAGAUUAAACAUAAUACAAGUGAAAUCUUUAAAACAACUAUUUACAUUUAUUUUACAAAAGAUAUAUUAUAUCAACAACCACCCUCUACAGUAAAAUCACAUAACACAAAUACUACAACAAUCGAGAAGGUCUGUGCCUCCAACCAAUGCAUCUUCCCCUCUCCCCAUCACAAAGGUCGUAUAGGACCAUAAAGAGGCAAUGCUUCUGUUGAACAAGUUUUGGGGCUCUAGAGUCAAUAGUGGCGACGCUACUGAAAUUGUUGCUAUAAAAAAAGUAUGUUGAUUUUUGCUAAAAAUAAAUUCCUUAAAUAUAAGUAGAGAUAUAUUUUUCAAAACUAAAGGUUGCAAUAACCAUGCCUAUAUGGAAACCGCUUUAGGGCUCUAGAGUCAAUAAUGGCGCCGCUAUUUAAAUUUUACCAUUGUGCUCGUUUUCAGUUGUGCACUUUGCAGACGGUCCCUAAGCUCUCGGUUGAAAGCCUACAGCUCACAGAAGCCAAUGCAAUUCACCGUUCCCUAAAGACGGCUCGUUUGGAUUUGGGUUCUAUAGGUUACUACAUUACUAGAGGUGCUUAGCUAGAGGGGUCAAUUGUGUCGCAACGAUGUUUCACUGAUCUAUUGAACCGCAAACUCCGAAUCUGCCAAUUUAUUUCCAACUUUACGGAAGUUCCUCUCCGUUCAUAUGCUUUACUCUCAGGUGUGUGAAUUGACCUUGAUAUGAAGCUUCCGUAGGGCAAAAUAACAUUCGUUUUUUAAAGAGAUAAGGCGGAGCUCUGCUCUCCUCUCCGUUUAUAUGCUUUACUCAAAAGUGUGUGAAUUGACCUGGAUAUGAAGCGCAUAUCCAGCGUCCGUAGCGCACAGAAUGUUAUUUUAUUUUGGGUAGCGCAAAAUAAUCGAACAUUCGUAUUGUCACGACCCUACUGGAUAUUCAAAACGGCUCUCUGUCUGGGCAGGAGUCGAGACACAUGAGUGGUAACAAACCACAGCUGGCAGGCAACUAGCUUCCGGCCACGUGUGCAGUGACUCACCUGGGUUGAUUCCUGGCGAGCUCUGGUCCUUCUCUCUCUUGUUGAGGGAUAGCCCAAGCGUUGGGGUAAACGGUAGCCUGUCCCGUUGGGUUAUUGUGUGACAUAUAACAUAGACGAACACUUGACAGGCAUACACGACAAAGGAGUGGCCACGUUCCCUGUAGGAAUCCCUAAUCCUGGUACUGUCCUUGUAUAUGGGCAAAUAGGUUUUACAAAAUCGUAUGGUUUCUGAGUGCAACAAAGUCUGGGCAUCAUGCUGUCUAUCCAGACACCAUCUUGCUUCUGUCCGCCAUCGUGGAUCCCUCAGGUGACCAUAAUCAAGGCCAAUCAAGGGAGCCACUCCCAAAGUUAGCACGACAACCAGUUACCCACCAACAUAACAUUACCCAACAGUAGGAUCGUGACAGUAUUUUAAAGAGAUAAGCUGAAGCUCUCCUCUUCUCUCGUUAAAAAAAGAAAUUCAUGAAAUUCAUCAUGCAAAAACCAAACAAAAAAACCAAACAUCAAAUUCAUCAUGUAUAUAGGGGAAACACUGAGGGGGCUGGUAUGUGCUAAGCUAACAACCAACAAUAAUGAUCAUUAACAGAUAGACGUAAAGCUUAAAGUUUAAUGGCUUCGUUCGAGAAGAAAAAUAAGCUACUUGCAGUUUUAUGUAAUGCCGUGCAGUGUUGGGAAAGUUCACUUUCUACGUGAACUAGUUCAAUGUUCAGUUCACAAAUUUUAAAAUGAACUAGUUCAGUUAAACGCUCAUAAUUCAUAAUUUCUAACUAAGUUCACGGUUCCAAAAAAUGAACUACGUAGUUCUUAGUUCUUUUUUUCAAUAUGUUGCUGUGAGCUAUGAUGUUUUUUCCAGUAUUUUGAACAUUGAGCCUCCUUUGUGCUUUGUCUAGGUUAAAAUAGAGUGGUUGAAUCAAGUAUCGUAGUGAAAUACUGUUUCUAUCGUGUUUUAUUGCACAUUUAGCGCCUUUUGUAAAUCCCAUUGAUUUCGGUUGGAAGACUCUUAAGGUACGAACACACCAAACGCGUAACCCGCGUAAGAUUUACGCGCGUAACGCAGCUAAAAUGUUGCUUGACCAUUUUGUGUCAAAAAAGGUCCUACGCAGCUACGCGCCUGUGGCUGCGCUGGAUUUAGGAGUCCGAGGAAGGAAACCCAAACGCCGCCGUGUU